CGAAAAUAGAAAGAGUCAGAAUAAUCAUUCAAUAAAAUAAACUAAAAGUCUAUAACCAUUUCCUCUUAUCUCAAAUUUCUCAACCUUUGUUGACUUCCUCUUAUCUGAAAACUCGAUCAUUAGAAUGGAAGGGAGAGAUUUCGUUAGUGAUUACGGUACUCUGCUUCAUAACAUGAGCACCACCAUAACACGAGCGAGGAAGAGGUGGCACGUAGCAGGUGCAGCAAUCUAUUCAUUCAGGGCAUUUCUGUCAAUAGCCAAAGACACCACUUUGGGUAUUGGUUACCAGCAACCUUACACAGUUCUUGAUGUUGAGCCCAGUACACCAGCAACCCCUUCUUCAUCAUGUAUAGAUGCAGAAAAGCUUGCAGAAAUUGUGAAAGAGAAGAGGGUUGAGUCUCUUCGCACGAUUGGUGGUGUACACAAAAUUGCAAGUGCUUUAAAGACGAAUGAAGCGAGCGGUAUAUCGGGAAGCGAGCAUGAUCUCGGGUGGAGGAAGGAGAAAUACGGGUCAAAUACGUACAAGAGGCCGAAAUCGAAGGGAUUCCUUUAUUUCGUUUGGAAUGCGUUUCAGGAUUUGACUCUCAUCAUCCUUCUUGUAUGUGCAGCGCUUUCUCUUGGGUUCGGGAUCAAGUUGCAUGGCAUCAAAGAAGGGUGGUAUGAAGGAGGAAGCAUCUUCUUGGCGGUUUUUCUUGUUGUUCUUGUUACUGCUGUUAGUAACAUUAAACAAGAUAGACAAUUCAGUAAACUGUCAAAAAUCAGUGAUAAUAUCACGAUUAGUGUUGUGAGGGAUGGGAGGCCGCAACAAAUCUCUAUUUUUGACAUUGUGGUUGGAGAUGUGGUGGUGUUGAAGAUUGGUGAUCAAAUACCAGCAGAUGGGUUGUUCAUAGACGGACAAUCGUUGCUGAUAGAUGAGUCAAGCAUGACGGGGGAGAGUGAUCAUAUAGAGGUUAAUUCAAGUAACCCGUUUCUCCAUUCGGGUUCAAAAGUUGGUGACGGGUAUGGCCGGAUGUUGGUGACGGGUGUCGGGAUGCAUACUUCAUGGGGAGAGAUGAUGAGCUCGAUUAACCGUGAUACGUCAGAACAAACUCCAUUACAAGGGAGGCUCGAUGGAUUGACCUCGGCAAUAGGGAAGAUAGGUCUGGUUGUGGCUUUGCUUGUCCUCGUAGUGUUACUUGUAAGGUAUUUCACGGGUAACACACUUGAUGAGAACGGGAGAAGAGCGUAUAACGGUAAAGCAACAGGGAUUAAUUCCAUACUCGGUUCCAUAGUUCGGAUAAUCUCUGCUGCAGUCACCAUUGUUGUUGUUGCCAUUCCCGAGGGGUUGCCGUUAGCUGUGACGCUCACGCUUGCUUACUCGAUGAAACGGAUGAUGGUGGAUCAGGCGAUGGUGAGGAAGCUCUCGGCUUGUGAGACGAUGGGGUCCGCCACCGUCAUCUGCACUGAUAAAACCGGAACCUUGACGUUGAAUCAGAUGCAAGUGACCAAGGCUUGGAUCGGAGAAGAAGAAGGAACCCGAGUAACUGCUCCCAGUAUUCUUGAACUGCUCCAACAAGGGGUUGCUUUGAAUACAACGGGUGUAAUAUAUAUACCUUUUGAAGGAGGAGUACCGGAGAUUUCAGGAAGUCCAACUGAGAAAGCCAUUCUUUCUUGGGCAAUCAAGGAAUUAGGUAUGGAUAUGGAGUCAAUAAAGCAAAGUUGUUCAAUUCUUCAGGUUGAAAGCUUCAACUCGAUUAAGAAGAGAAGUGGGGUGAUGAUGAAGAAGGAAUCUGAUGGGAGUAUCAACGUGCACUGGAAAGGAGCUGCGGAAUUUAUUGUAGCAAUGUGUUCUGAUUAUUACAAUGUUGAUGGCACAAAAAUAGGGAUGGAUGAAGAUAGAAGGAGAAGAAUCGGGUUAAUAAUCGAGGGUAUGGCAGCUAGCAGUCUACGUUGCAUUGCAUUUGCUCAUAGAGAAGUCUUAGAAGAAGAACUCGAGUAUAACGAGGAAAACAAUAAACCGAAGAUUAAAGAAGAAGCGUUAACCUUGUUGGGGAUUGUAGGUUUGAAGGAUCCGUGCCGUCCAGAAGUCAAAAACGCAGUAGAAGUCUGCAAAAGAGCAGGAGUUCGGAUCAAAAUGAUUACAGGAGACAACAUUUUCACAGCAAAAGCAAUAGCCACGGAAUGUGGCAUACUCGGUUACCAACAACAAGAAGGUGAAGUUGUGGAAGGGUUAGAGUUUCGGAACUACACACACGAAGAAAGAAUGGAAAAGGUUGACAAAAUAUGCGUAAUGGCUAGAUCAUCCCCUUUAGAUAAGCUCCUUAUGGUUCAAUGCUUAAAGCAAAAGGGUGAAGUGGUUGCAGUUACAGGAGACGGAACCAAUGAUGCACCAGCUUUAAAAGAAGCAGAUAUUGGACUUGCUAUGGGAAUUCAAGGCACCGAGGUGGCUAAAGAGAGUUCCGAUAUUAUCAUCCUCGAUGAUAAUUUCAGCACGGUUUCCACCGUUCUAAGGUGGGGCCGGUGUGUUUACACCAACAUACAAAAAUUCAUUCAAUUUCAACUUACAGUGAAUGUAGCAGCUCUGGUAAUCAACUUCAUAGCAGCAGUUUCCGCCGGAGAAGUCCCUCUGACAGCUGUCCAGCUACUAUGGGUCAAUCUUAUAAUGGACACAUUAGGGGCACUUGCCCUUGCUACGGAGCGUCCUACAAAAGAGCUUCUCGAUAAGCCCCCCGUUGGAAGAACAGCACCAUUGAUAACCAACAUUAUGUGGAGGAAUCUUCUUUGUCAAGCACUAUAUCAGAUCACAGUGCUAUUGAUCCUGCAGUUCAGAGGUAGGUCAAUCUUUAACGUGUCUACAGAUAAAAAGAACACUCUCAUAUUUAACACGUUCGUGUUGUGCCAAAUUUUCAACGAAUUCAAUUCAAGAAGGAUGGAAAAGCAAAAUAUAUUCGAAGGAAUUCACAAAACUCCUUUGUUUCUUGGGAUUGUUGUGAUAGAAGUUAUCCUUCAGGUUGUGAUGGUUGAGUUUUUGAAAAAUUUCGCCAACACAGUGAACUUGAACUGGAAAGAAUGGGCAGCAUGUAUUGUCAUCUCAUUUGUUACAUGGCCUAUUGGUUUUCUAGUUAAACUCAUACCUGUUCCAGAAGAGCCCAUUUUCCGCACUCUUGGAAAAUUCAUAUCCAAAGCAAGAAAGUCUAAAGCAAGAAAUUCUAUUCACAGAGAUGCUAGUCUUGAAUCCAGAUCAAGUAGAAAAGUACUAUAACCGGAGCUCAACACGUAUUAUCAGAUAAUUCAUAGACCUUUUUGUUUCCCUUACUUAAGAUUAAUUGGUGUAUCUGAUAGUCGAUUGGUUAGUGAUCAGACAUUUGUACAUCUUUGACCUCCCCAACCCUUGCGAGUAGGAUACUUACAUGAUUGUUUUAUUUUUAUUUUAUUUUAUUAUUGUAACAUUAAACAUUUAAACCUUUGGCUUGUUUUGUUGAAGGCCAUAAAUCUCAGGAAUUAUGACAUUUUUGUGUAACUUUGCAUGGGAUUUCCCAAUGUCAUGUUCAAGGUAGCACAUCUCCACAUUUCUAUUCACUAAUAAUCAUUGAAGAAAAGCAACUGGAGAUGCUUUACACUCAGCAACUGGAGAUGCUUUACCAUGAACAUUCCCAUGGGAAGUUCCAUCAAAACUUACACUCAGCAACUGGAGAUGCUUUACCAUGAACAUUCCCAUGGGAAGUUCCAUCAAAACUUACAAAGUCAGUAUCAUUCCAUUAAUUCAUGACCUUGAACAAACUAGCCGAAUACUCAUAGUACUUUUCUUUAACUUUCUUUUGUAGGAAAGUGCUUUUUUUUUCUUUAUGUAUGAUCUGUAACAAACCUUGAACUUUCAGAAAUGUGUAUUUUCAUUCUGGUGUUA